UAAAAAUGCUCAACGCGACUCCCGCAGUCCAUCGGAAAUCUUCCAUGCCGAAAAUUCUGCUGCCGUUCACACAACUAAUCCUGCUACUGCUACUGCUAUUGCUUUCGCAAUCCCUCCAACAUGCAGUCACAGACCACAACAAUGCCAGUGCUACCAACACAACAGCGCCUACAGAUGCCGCCAGUUCCGCUAGUCACUUUGUGCCUCAUCGUUUCUCGAGUAGCAACAAUAUUACGAUACUGCACGAGGUGCAUGAGAUCCCCACGCACACAGAUCGUCCACUCGUCUUGAACACACACGAAGUGCUGCCAGUGAAACCGCUCAAAAAGAAACCCUAUACGCUGCUUGAUAAAACAAUCUUUCCCGAGUACGAGAAGCCGCGUCUACUCAAAGAAUACGAACUACAUCCCGUCACAUUCGAUUUCAAUCUGAGCGACUUGGAGGACUUAGAGCAUGAGACGGUGAAGAAAGGUGAUUUGAGCGCUGAGGAGAAACAUUUGCUGCGCAAUGCCGAUGACGCGGGACUCAGCUACAUUGAGCGUGUGCCCUAUGUGGGCAUCGAGGGCGAUGUAGCGCUGGAAGGUUUCGGUACGACAGAUCUAACCGUGAAUGUGUACACCACCACCGAGAGUAGUUUAAAAACGACUAAUGCAGCGCCCACACCGACCGUAACGACCACAACGUCCACAACGAGCACAACAGCGGCACCCAUUGUCACCACUCCAAAUGUAGUGGCUACUAUAAGUCCACAUAUUUUUAAAGUGCAUAAAAAUAAAACUCUGAAGAAGGGACGUGAGCUGUUGAAGCAAGAAGAGGAAACGCCGAAGGCAGCUGGCAAUAAUUUUAAUAGCAUAAGUCAUUAUUUCGGUGCGGAUACGAUUGUGGACGAAGUGAAUGCCACGACGGCUAGUUUGCAGACUGCGAAUUUCUUUCAAAUUAUUACAAAUUUGUAUGAUCACUUCUAUUGGCAAGCCUCGGAAAUACGUACCAAAGUGACGACCGCAUGCGGGCUGGAAAUGCAAGCGUAUUUGACGGGAUUACAUGGGAAUUUCAAUUGGGCGCAAAGAGCUUACGAUGCAUCCGGUCGUUAUCGCGGACAAUUAUUUUUCGGCAAUGACAAAUGGCUGGGUCAAAAGAUUUUUUGCUACGAACUAAAUCGCCAAUUGAAUCCGGAAGUGCGUAAACAUUUCGAAUUUGAAUUUUAUGCAGCUGUAGUCGCGCUCCGUCUUUGGAUGCCACAACAAUUGAACAUCGACCUUCAAUUGGGCGAAUGCCUACCACGCACUUGCAAUGCUCACGAUGUGCAUGCCAUCCUCUCGCUGGAUCCACAUGCUCAGAUGCUGGUCACACUGAAUGCCGCGUCCACUACCCAUACGCAGCUUAACCAAAGCCUCAGUCACAGCAACAGCAACAACAACAGCGGUAAUAGCAGCAAUCACACGAUAAUAAAAGUGUUGCAUGUGCGUGUAGUACCUGGUACUUUUAGCUAUUGGCGUGAGCUGAAAUUCCAAAUAUUUCUAAGUUUCCUGUUCACACUUUUGUUGCUCGUCAUCACCGCCACCUGGUAUCAGGCCAAAUUAAAUCAACUACAUCUCACCUCACCGCACAUACCAGCUAUUAGUGCGAAAAUUGAUGCUGUCAUGGCUGCCGCAGCCGCAGGUGGUAUUGUUACGGUUGAUGUCGGUGUUGCUGGCACCUACACCAACAAUGCCAACCGCGGUAGUGUUAAAUCAACGACAGCGUCACCAGCCUUCGAGCUGUACCAAAUGAGCACAUUGAACGAGAACAACAAUGUGCUUGACAUUGAGGCGGAUAUGAAUGCCAAUAAAACGGUGAACAACGGCAACAGUGCGAACUAUGCUGGACAUGCCAAUCGGCAUAGCAAUGGCGCAGCAGCAACUUCAAAUGGUGGUGGUGGCGGCGGAAGCACUAGCAGCAGCAACAGUAGCGCGCGCCGCAUACAUGGCGAAUUGUCUGCGACGGAUGUCGAAAAGUCACAUAUGGCCGAUUAUCGACUGGAAACGGGCAGUAGUGCGGGCGCAACGAGCACAUAUGAGGCGAAGAAGCAAUUGGGUUUGCAUGAACAGUUUUUACUCUGUUUUGCAUUUCAAACGAAUGCCGGCACCAUACUCAAUAUGACAGAGAACAAAGAGCAACAAACUUCGUGUGUGCACGGCUUGCGUGUCUUCUCCGUGCUGUGGACGAUAAUGGUGCAUACAUAUUUGCAAAUGUUUACCAUCGGUGAAAAUCGAUUCCAGCGCAAUAUUGUCGAGCGCUCCAUUUGGUAUCAGUUCAUUGGCAAUGCCACCUUUUCGGUGGAUACGUUUUUCUUCAUCAGCGGCUUUCUUGUGACACUAAUCUUUCUCAAACAGGAUAAAAAGUACCCCGACGAUACAGGACAAUUUCUGCGUCGCAGCAUGAAAGACACUGGAUUUCUAUUGAUUUAUCGCUACAUACGCCUGACGCCAGCGUACUUGUUUGUGAUAUUCUUCAACGAUUUUGCAUUGCGUCAAACUUUCGACAACUCUGUCUUCCAGCCAAACGUUGCCGCCGACACUUGUAGCCGCUUUUGGUGGCGCAACAUAUUUUAUAUCAACAAUUUCUAUCCGCUCAGUGAGAUUUGCAUGAUUUGGAGCUGGUACAUGGCCAAUGAUAUGCAAUUUUUCGUAAUGGCUUCACUGCUGCUAGUGCUUUCCACCAGGUAUUUCAAAACCGCUGCACUCUUCGUCUGCUCGUUUUUGCUCAGCUCUUGGGGCAUUUCAGGCAUAAUUUCACUGCAUUACCGUUACACACAUAAAGUGGCCAAUCCCUUCGAGUCCUUCGAUUUUCUCUACGAUAAGCCAUGGCAGCGUGUGGGCACGUACAUUAUGGGUAUGCUAACAGGUCUCAUUAUUCACAAAGUCAAAAAGCCGCCGCCACUAAGCAGCCGCACAAAUUAUCUACUCUGGCUGGGUAGCUGGUCUCUAUUGGCGCUCAUCAUUUUUGGCGUGUGGAAUGGCGAGCUAAGUCGCCUGACGACAGCAUUCUAUGUGAGCGUCGGCCAUACAGCCUUUGGCGUCGGCCUCAUCUGGAUCGUCUUGUCUUGCUGUUGGGGCAUUGCGCCCACAGCCAAUCGCAUACUUUCCUAUCGUGGACUCUGGCCACUCUCACGCCUCACUUACUGCACUUACCUCAUCCAUCCGGUCAUAAUGCUAAUCACCUCGUUUCGCAUGAGUGGCAUCGUUCAUCUCAAUAAUCUCUUCGUGAUGACUAUUUUCCUGGGAAAUGCGGUCGCUUCCUUUGGUGUGGCCUUCUUCAUUUCAGUUUUGUUCGAGGCGCCAGUCAUACGGAUAUUGAAGAUUUUUUACAGGAAAUAGUGAAUGUGUAGUAGUAUUUAGUAUUUAUAUAUAUUUAGUUGUAGUUGUAUGUGUAUGUAAGUCGUUGGAAGGAGAGGGUGAAGGUGAAAAGGAGAAAGAAAAUGUGGGAAGCGAGCUAAAGCACGGUUAGAG